AAGAUUUAAUAUAUUGCUGAUGUGAUUGCUGUGAAAAUAACUUCCAAAAGUGAUAUUUCAUCUUAAAGUAUAUCUAAUUUUAACAUCAAGAAAAUAUAUUUACACAGAGAAAAAACAACUAUACGCAAUACUAAAAAACUAACGAAGUUACUUAUAUGUUUACAUAUGUAGCGUAAUACGCGAUCUUUACGUAUUAUAAGUACGAAAUACUGUAAAUCGAUCAUUAAAAAGGGUAAUUUUAUGAGAAACCUCUUAAGUGAGCUGUACUAAUUCAAAUAGCAAAUAUGCAUUGCGACAAUACGAAAACAUCGUCAGAAAUCGAACAUGUGGAUUGGAGUACUGGCACCGGCUCUGGUCACCACUACGCUAACGUCAGAUUUGGAUCGGGCAGCAGUCAGGCCUCUCAGAGUAGCGGCGAUAUCUGUCGCAUUUGCCAUUGUGAGAGCGAUCCACAAAAUCCGUUAUUGACGCCCUGCUAUUGUGCGGGUAGCUUAAAAUACGUCCAUCAAGCGUGUCUCCAGCAAUGGCUGACGGCAUCCGAAACGAACGCAUGCGAACUAUGCAAAUUUCCAUUUAUAAUGCACACAAAAAUCAAACCAUUCAAUGAGUGGCGCAGCCUUGACAUUUCUGGAAUUGAGCGAAGACGUCUCUGCUGUUCGGUAUUAUUUCAUUGCGCCGCCGCUUUAUGCGUUAUUUGGUCGCUUUGUGUGUUAAUCGAGCGUGCGGCUGAUGAUGUGAAGCGUGGACUGAUUGAUUGGCCCUUCUGGACGAAACURGCCGUGGUAACAGUGGGACUCACGGGCGGCGUGGUCUUCAUGUAUAUUCAAUGCAAAGCUUAUUUGCAUCUAUGCCAUCGUUGGAAGGCCAGAAACAGAAUACUGCUCAUACAAAAUGCACCAGAAAAAGUGCAUGCUAUGUCGCCACCAUCACCCGCUGUCCAACAUCGCACUCAUCACGAGGGCUCCUGUGAGCCACAUCCAUCUAGCAUUWAUGCGCCCACCGCCACCGGUGAUGGUCCAAAUGUUGAAAUCGUAGCCAAUGGCGCUUCCGCCUCGAAUGGUUACAACUAUGCCGCCACUGCUGGUGGUAACGGUAGCAUUUCUGGCAGCCUGGAUAUAGAAGGUGCCGCGACCUUACAUCAGCAUCCAUUGCAUCAUUAUCAUCUUCCAGCCGAACAGCGUCGUUUGCAACAGAGCGGUGAUACGGAUUCGGAUGUUUUGCCUACCACACAUCACCACAGUCAUUUGCCGCCUCAACAACAGGUGGGACAGGUGGCCGUAGCGGCAAAUAUUGAAUGUGCACAGCUGCAAAGUAAUUACGAACGUGAUUGGGCAUUGGACGAUGUGGUUUCGCAGAUAUCAUCCUUCCGUCCGUGUCCACAAGGUUCGGGUAGUAUGACACCAUUUCACGAUUCAAUACACAAUGUACUCGAGCAUUCUGAGAAUUCGAGUCGCGGUUCGGUAAAUGACGUUUGCGGUGGUUCACGUCAAGAUCUCAGCACUGGUGGCAUUUCUACGGAUACGGGACGUGAGCAUGCGCUACAAUUGAGUAGUUUUAGUGGUAGUGGCGAUCAAAAGGCACCCUCAAUCAGUUCAGGCGUGUCCAAUGCGGUGGCCAACGGUUUGGGCGGUUUCGCUUACAAGCCGCACAGCAAACGUUAUUCCAAUUCAUCGAUAUUCGUAGAGAAUCGCGACAUCCUCAACGACUCGAUGGGUUUAAGCAUGGAAUCAUCGGUUGAUUACCCCACCACGGAGAGUUAUCGACACGCAAACACAUUGACGCCGCCCAGUGCAGCGGAUGUAGAAGCUGAAAGUGAACAGCUGGAUAAAUUUCUAACGAAAGACUUACGUCGCUACUCGGACACAAAACUGGUAAUCGGACCGGACAGCGAACCGAUGCUGGGCGCCGAAGUAAACGACGUCUUACUGCCAUCAGCAGUGCCCAUAGAACCCAUAUACUCGAUGCGGAGCACAUUACCGGCAGGUGGCAAUAAACGUAUACGGCAACUACUAAAACAAAAUUCGGCUACUGCGGCUGACACAAUACUGGAUAUGGAGCUGCCCACGUCACCGCUGUCACCACCAGCCGCCUAUGCGGUAAAUGUAACAAUGCCAACGACGCGGCAGACACAGGCCGCUCUACGCCGGUCCCUACACACGGUGGAUGAGGUGGGCGUGGGCGCARAUGUGCAAGACUUGCUGAGAAGCAGAGCCAUACCCAGCACGGCUGCAACGACGAGUAUGGGCACGUCCAGACGACAAUCCACGUCGACGCCAAUGUUUAAAUCGUUGCCAAAUUUGAGUGGCAGUUGCGAAAAUCUGCUCAGAAAAUGAGCGAACAACACAGCAAUUCUGCCCGACUUCAUCGAGUCCAAUACUUAAAUGAAGUGUAUGCAUCUAUCUACCUACCUAUAUGAAAAUAUGGAACUAAAUGUACUGAGUUGACGCUCUCUAAGUUGUUGUGUACGCAUAUAACUGUAUUUUAUUUUUAUUGACUUUAGUUUUUGUGCGUGCAACAAAUAAGGUUAACUUGCGUCCAAAUAUUUUUUCACGCUUAAUGUCUUUUUGUUUUUCGUUGUUUUUUUUUUUAUUUUUCGCUUUUUUUUUUUUAAGUGGACCUACACUUUACUUGAAUGAGACUUUUUGAAUAUUCGCUUGUGUCGGCUGAACUAAGGCUUAAUUAACACAGCGUUUAGACUGUUCGUUAUAAAUAUGUAAGCUGCAGUUAGGAAAGAAAUAAAGAAAAAUAUGAAAUGUGAAUUUUGAAAUUUGAAAUUUGUUAAGCGGCUAUAAGUUUUGUACUUUUAUGCGAAAGCAGGACAAAUCCGAUAUUUGGAAAAAUUAUAUAAUAUAUUUUUUUUUUAAUAGAUUAUGGAAAAUGUUCAUAGUGUCUAGACAUUUCAUGGAAAUAAACUUUUUCCUAAUUUUUGAUUGUUUUGGUAUAUUGUUGUUGCUGUAUCGACAGAAAAUAUCACUGCAAUAAUUUUGAAGCAUGCUGCCGAGCUAACCGUCUUUGAUCGGUUAAAAAUUCGGUUGUGUACCAGUUACGUAAACCCGACUGUCGUGGGAACGGUUUGUUUAGUUGACUAGUUGAAUGAAAAUUCAUACUUUUUCUGCCGUUAUAACAUACAUAUUAUGAGUAGUUGUGCAGCUCAUCGUUGUAAUUUAUUUUGCUUGAUUCCAUAUAUGUAAGCUCAAUUUAUAUUUCAAUUUUUUUAAAAUUUUACAAAAAAAAUCUUAAGAAUAUUCUCAUAUUUUUGCUCUCACGCUGUAUAUAGGAAAAAUAAAUAAAAAUUUCAGCAAUUUUACUACAAAAAUCUAUAUUUAGAGAAUCUUCUUGCUAAAAAGUGAUUAAAAAUAUUUAAUUUAGGUAUGAAAUAUCAACUCAAGUGUAGUCAAAGGAAGUCAUGACAAAGUCACAUUGUCAAAAUUCCGCAGUUUUAAGGUGAAAUUAUUCGAGAAAACUUGAAAAAGUGUGCCAAAUCUUUAGUAAAAUCUAAGUAGUGAAAACGAUUUCUUACAAUUCUUUYUUACAGAAAUUCCUAUUCAUUAGUGAAUCAUAGUUUAUAACAAAUUACAAAGUAUUCAUUUCAAUCAGAAAUCGUAACAAAUAUUGGAUUUGUCCUGUUGCUCUGUACAAUUUCAUCACUCAAAAAGCGUAAUUUAUAACACAAACCCACAUACAAUUGCGUGCAAUGCAAAAGAAACAUCAUUACAGCACUGAAAAUAACUUUUUCUAAAAGCAUUUMCUUUCGAAAUCUCUAAUUUUCACUUUGAAAACAUAUUUAAAUUGAAUGAAGGAAKUUUUGAGAUUUUGAAAAGUCAAUGCUAAAUAAAAACUGUGAUUAAACAAUUUGUCAUUUUUAGACUUUUUUGCGAAUCGAACACACAUACAUACAUUUACACACACACAUAUACACUUGGGAAAAUCACACACAUGUAUUUACCUACAUAUAUUUUUUUGUUUUUAAAGUAUCAAUAUGCUUUAAAUGUAAAUGGCAAGCAAAAGUUGGAAAUUAUUACCAGAACUUUUCACAGUACAACAGUAUCAUAUAGUACAGCGGAGUCAAUAAAAAGCUCACUUAAUCCAUAUAUUUUCUAUGUGGAUACAUAAGCAGGAAAUGCAAACACACAGACAGACAUACAUAUAAUAAACUUACAAAAAAAUAAAAAUUAAAAGUGAAAACAAUAUGAAGAAACUUAGAAUAUUUUUGUAUAAAUACAUAAAUAAACCGUUAUUUUAGAAUUGCGCUUCAAAGCAA